UGUCCUGAAGGCUAUCGUGUUGUAAAGCGUAUCGAAAUAAAUUUACCGCGGGGAGAUUGUUUUUUGUGGUGUUUUUUUUUUUUUUUGCUAACAUGCAGAGUUAGCUUCGUCUCUGCAGAUUUGUGCUGCUCUGGGGAGAAACCCAAACAAUGGCAUCAUGCGACAAACAAACAUGUAGAUCGAACAGUCCAAAUGUGAGCGUUCAUGUUCGCUAAACGAAAGCAAUGCGGUCGGCUCCUGCGCAGGCGCAGUAUGUCCCGUGGAGCGGCGUGCAGGCUUUGCCCUGCAGCUUGCGAAGACAUUAAAAAGCCAUAUUAUCGACUUCCUCAUUUGGACGGCCGUUUAAAGUUAAAGUCACAAACUGUAAUAUUCCAGUUUGGCGUGGAGGAGCAAGCCUGCUGGGGGCUGAUCCCACACCUGCUGCGCACGCAUGCGCACAAACCGAGCAAGGUCUGUUUUCAAACAACUUCUUUAUAUAACAGCUUUUUAAGAAGAAACUCCUUCAGUAGUAAGCAUACAAAAAAGCUACAGUUGUGGGUGUAAAGAUGUUUUCCUUAAGCAGGAACCAGGCUGUCCCGUCUGAUCUAAAAACCACUCUGAAUGAAGUCACCUGACUGCAGAUGGAGCCCAUAGCCUGACCUGCAUAGGAGCCAUGCUACGCUGCAGGAAGUGCCGCAGAGCCAUCAUCCACUCAGGGUGCCUGUCCAAGGCUUCAGAUGAAAGUUCAGCUGCUGUUUGCAGUAUUUGGCACGUGAAUGUGGAGCAGCUGCCGGAGUGGAUUCUGAGCUCUGUUCACCAGAGCCACUGGACUGCAGGAAGACUGAACUGCCAGAAUUGCAGGGCUCGUUUGGGAGGGUUUAACUUCGUCAACCGCACCGUUUGUCCGUGCGGUCUGGACGCUGCGGUCCACCUGAGCAAAAGCAGAGUGGAUCAGGACCACAAACACUGCGUCCUCCUGGUCCAGCCGAGGAGCUCCCGGCUGGGCAGAGGACAGAACAGAUUGCUGACGGACAGCUUUCAGGGCGAUGAGGCAUCUGAGCUCAGGGGAGUGGCGCUGGACGCUCUGCAGCUCCACUGCGCUGCAGCUGCACCUCGCUCCAGGCCUGUGGAGGGGACCCUGCCCCUCGGAGACAGUGAAGACACUCAGAUGUUUUCUUUCAGCCCCCUGUACUGCAUCCCUCACAGAAGAUGCAGUCUGGAGGAGGACGGAGACUUUAGCUUGUGCUUUUGCCCUUCAGGCCUGUCUGCAGUGGACCCUCCGUGGUCCGUCCCCUCGGUCUCACAUUCCUCUAGCCAGCAGGUUAACACUGAAGUUGUGUUUGAGAGUGGGCCUGAGCUCUCGGCUGCUUCGACGGUGCCCUGGCAGGGACUACAGAUGCUGCCCCAGGAGUCCUCCGUACAUGAAGCCGUCUCUGGUUCAGUAUUGCUCCUCAGAAAAACAUCUGGCUCCAACAGAGCAGCUGAGCAGGAAGUUCUGGCCUCUCCAAGCUCCCUGGCUCUGACUCUAAGUCGGAGGGAGAAGAACUAUCUGAAGAGUCAGAGGAGGAAGGAGAGGAGGAGAGAGAGGUGGCUGCACCGUCAGCUGGAGGAAGAGGAGGAGGAGCCUGUGAGGAACAGGCUCCUGGACAGCGAGGAGGCGGACCGGGAGGCCAUGACCUGCGCCGUGUGUCUCGACAUCUACUUCAGUCCAUACAGCUGCCACCCCUGCGACCACGUCUUCUGCGAGCCCUGCCUCCGCAUGCUCACCAAGAACCGGCCCACUAAUACGCCGUGCCCGCUGUGCCGCACCAUCAUCUCUCACACCAGCUUCCACCAAGAGUUCAACCACACUUCAAAGACUUUGUUCCCUAAAGUUUACUCCAGCCGUCAGAUCAGCUUCAGGAACUCUUCUUGUGCCAAAUUCCCGCUGCCGAGCCUGCGCAAAAACUUCUCCACUUUUUGGGAUUACCGUAGAAGUGCAACAAUGGCGGGACGGCGCUGGCACUUUGUCCACGGGCGCUUCACGCUGGAAGCUCUGAAUUUCCACAACAUGCUGCACUGGCUGUUCGACGUCGGCCUGGUCAGCGUCUACGCCCACUCGCUCAACUGGAUCCUGGUCCUCCUCUUCCUUUGCAUCCUGGUGUACUUCUUCUUCUGAGUCAAUCAGAAGAAGGGGAGGGGGGCGCCAUCAGUCUUUUAUAUCUUUUUUGAACUUGUGUGUGUGUGUGGGGGGGGUAAAGCGAAUACCUUGAAGUGGAACAUUUGAGUCAUAAUGACUGGGUGUUGUAUUGAAAUUUGAACAUCAUUCAGCUUUUGUUUCAGUGAUGCGAAUGUCUGGAUGAUUGUGUUCUUUCUUCUCUGUUUGGAAAAAAACUGCUGCCAGCGUCACCUGUGUGGAUUGAAGUUUAAAUGUGGGGGCUUAAGCUGUAAUUACAGCCCAGAUCAGUUUGGACAAAUAAUGAAAACACAACACACGGUGUGUGCUGUUGCUUUUUAACUGGGGCCCAUUUCAAGAUGCAGGUUUUGUUGGAACUCUGAGUUCGUAAACUCUAAACUCAGUAAAACUCGGAGUUUUCGGUUCCAGAAAGAGAGAUAACUCAAACCCGAGAAAGUGGUCGAAACCAAGCCCGUUUCAAGAAGCGGGUUAAGAUUAACUCAGAAUCAAUCACUAUGGUAACUGAGUCUGUGAACGU